AUGGCAGUUCUACUUGCAGCCAUUGAUAGUUCUCUUGCAUCCGCUUUCAAUCCAGCAGAUUAUACGAUUCCAGAAGAUGAUCUAGAAUUGGGUCAAUUACGUUUAUUAGAAGUGGACAAUCGAGUGGUUGUACCAGCCAAAAGUCAUCUACGUAUUAUUGUAACAUCUGCUGAUGUACUUCAUAGUUGGGCUGUACCUUCCCCAGGUGUAAAAUGUGAUAUACUGUACCUGAAAGAUAGGCCGACUGCUGAGCCCACUCUGGCUCAACCGCACCACCCAGGGUGCGAGCUACCCGAGAAGCAAGCUAUUACAGCGAGCGGCUGGAGCAGUAUGGAGCCGAGGAGCAAGGCAGUAGAUAAGAUAGAAGAAGGGGUCAGAACUCCCGGUGGAGCAGAGGAUACGGUUAGGAUAACGAACUUGAAACGUGGAGCCCGAGCGUCCGGCGAGCGAGUGGUUAGUGGCCAAUAG